CGCCGACGAUAAAAUCCCUCUUCCUCCUUGUACGUUUGUUCUCCUGAUUGACGACGUUCUCAAAAUUCUGAAGCCUUCCCCAACAAAUUCAAUUCCCGACGAAAUCUUGCCGAUUCGUUUAGUAAUCGGCGGCCAAGAUUCAGGCAUCGCUCUGAAUCCAAUCGGAAUCGCGGGACCAUGCCGAAGAAGAUGGGGGUGAACAGCAAGGCCGAGGAGGCCAGGGCGCGGAAGAACGCGACGGAGAGCGAGAAGAAGCAGCGGGAGGCGCGGGAGAAGGAGGAGAAGUACUGGAAGGAAGCGGAGGGACCGAAGUCCCGCGCGGCCAAGAAGCGGGAGGAGGAAGAAGAGAAGCGUGCCGAGGCCGCGGCGCGCAAGGCGGAGGCGAAGCGGCUGGCGGAGCUGGAGGAGAAGGAGCUGGAGAAGUCGCUCAAGAAGGUGGACAAGAAGGCGACGCGUGUGUCGAUUCCGGUUCCCAAGGUGACGGAGGCGGAGCUGAGGAGGAGGAGGGAGCAGGAGCAGGCGGCGCUGGGGAAGAAGUCCGAAGAGGCGAAGAAGAAGCAGACGAGGACCGCGGAGGAGGAAGAGUACGAGAGGCUGGUGCUGGUCGAAAACACGAAUCGCGAUGAUUCGAUUAUUGAUGCGAGGACCGUGGAGGAUGCUAUUGCUCACUUGACUGUAGCGGAGAGCUUGCCGGUUGAUCGCCACCCCGAGAGGAGACUGAAAGCUUCGUUUAAGGCUUUCGAAGAAGCUGAACUCCCAAAGCUGAAGGAAGAGAAGCCAGGACUAACUCACAAUCAAUACAAGGACAUGAUUUGGAAGAUGUGGAAGAAGUCCCCAGACAACCCUCUCAAUCAGAUUAGUAGUGAGUGAGCCUCCACCCCGGUCACAAAUCUAGAAGUGGUCAUGACUCCGUUUCAUUCUGGCUUUACUGCGGCAAGGGGCCUUCCUUCUUGUAUGUUGAAAGAGAGGUGCGAAAAGCUAGCGGCAUAGCUGAAAUGAUGGUGAGGGGAGGAUCUUCUUAUAUGGUUUUUGAGUAACUGAUGUAUGGUGUAAAUGGCAUUUGCAUAAAACUGCUGCUGAGGACAGUAGAGUGGUGUUCUUCAGCUCUUGGUUAGAAAUUUCAGAAUGUGAUUGAAUCUUUUGACCUAUGCUGAGUGUUCAUUGUUACUAGUACCUAGCUAUAAUGUUGUAGCCCUUCAAUAAAAUGGGAUGGUGGUGGGGGAAGCUUUGCUUUGUCAGUGUGUACUGGGAAACAAAAUGGUGGUUGUGUAACCAGUCUUCUUCUUCGUCUUCAUCCCAGAACAAUAAAUUUCUCCCCUAUCCUUUCUGCACGAGGCUCAAUUCGACUGCUGGUCUAUAACUGAUGGUCAGUUUUCUGGUUUUAAUGGAGGAUUGAAACAGGUAGGAAUUCACCGG